AUGGCCACUGACGCGCUCCGGUCCCAAGUCGCGGCGAAAUGGCAAGAAUCAUUUCAUAGGCUAAACUCUGAUGCCCCAGGAAUAUCAGGAUUAAUGAAUUUUAGCGAAGCAUGGGCGAUCUCAACACAAUACCUAUACCCUUGGGAUAUCAACAAUGCCUCGCUUGAUGGAGGGGGGAAACCGUUCGGAAAGGACUUAAAUGUCGCUCGUCCAGCAUUCAGCCUUGUCAAUCAUUCUCGGAGGCUGCCAGCUUUACUGGAGAAUUUCCUAGAUGAUAUGCGCCAGAAUUUCUAUUUGAUCGAGAACGAGAUCAACCAAUUCAUGGAACGAUAUGAGGCUGACGAAGAUACCGCAGAGAUAGACCCGCUAAUUACCAAACUCAUGGAAUGGUACAAAUCUUGGGCACCACCUCAAGAGCUUGGAUCCACUUUUUUCUCCUCAUACACUCUCAACUUUCAAACCCGCCUGUUCUCUGCACUCCCUCCAUCCUUUGCCCAUGGCUUCAAAAAGCUUUGUGCUCGCCUCCUGUCUCCACCUGAUGACGACCACGCACAAUGGGACCCUAACAUCCACGCCGAAGUGUGGAAAAACUUCGAAAUCCUAGGCCUCAUCGACCGGUAUGAGAGCAUCAUCGCCAGCGUCGGAUACGAGUUCAUAGAGAACCACGUAUUGAGUAAAUGCACAGGUGAAUGGGGGAAGCCGAUGUUGGAGGAGCUGAGGGUGUGGAUGUCGGAAAAGGUCGUUCCGUGGAUGUUGCAUGUGUACGCAAGAGGGGCAUCCAAUGCUGAGGAGGCCAGAUCCAUGCUCCAAGGCGUUGGGUCUCGGUUCGAUUUCCAUAUCAACAAAACGCUUUGUGAUCUAAGGACCAGAGAAAUCUUUGACAUUAUCAUCGACUUUCCAGAUUCAAUGGGCGCGUUACAAGAUUUGAAGGACUGUCUGCAACGAGUUGAUCAACGCGCCAACCUUGUACGAAGCCUACGAAAAUCGAACCAAAAGCGCCUCCUUCACCCUGGGGCUGACACUAAACUCAUCCUCCAACAAUACGUCGCGACAAUCAAGUGCCUUCGGAUUGUGGAUCCGCCUGGUGUAUUGUUGUUCAAAGUGGCCGAUCCUAUCCGUCGCUACCUUCGGGAACGACCGGACACAAUUCGAAGUAUUGUAGCCAAUCUAGUAGGCGAUGAUGACGGCGGCGACUCUCUGGUUGACGAGAACGAACCCAUACAACCACUUCAACAGCCCGAGUUUGAAGAUUACACUGAUCCACAAUGGGAGCCGGAACCUAUUGAUGCUGGCCCUGAAUUCAGAACCAACAAACCCGGUGAUAUUCUUAGCACACUUGUUAGCAUAUACGACUCGAAGGAUCUGUUCGUCAAGGAGCUGCAGGUACUUCUCGCGCAGAGGUUAUUGAUGAUUACGAAAGAUAAUUCGGAUCGGGUCGAGCGGGAGAGAAAAAAUGUGGAGAUUUUGAAGAUCCGGUUUGGAGAGGCUGCUUUGCAGGUGUGCGAAGUUAUGCUGAGGGAUAUGACGGAUUCGAAGCGUAUAGAUGGCCAUGUGCAAUCGCAGAAAGAGUCUGUUGUGCACCCGACCAUCAUCUCGCGUCAUUUCUGGCCCUCUCUUGAAUCAAGUGAUAUGGUUAUGCCUGGGCAGUUCAAACAAUUGCAAGAAGACUAUGCGCAUGAAUUCAAUGUGUUCAAACCUGACAAAACAUUAAAGUGGUUACCACACCUUGGCACCGUUCAGCUUGAACUUGAGCUAGAGGAUCGGACGAUCGAAGUGGAUGUUCCUCCGCUCGAGGCGGCGUUCAUAGAGCUCUUUGCUGAUCAAGCAAUUUGGACUUUGGACGAGCUCGUAAAAGCUGUUGGCGCUGUCGACCGAAGCGCAGCGAUCAAGGCAUUAUCGACAUGGGUCGACCACGGGGUGUUGAAGGAGGACCCUGAGAACACCUUCAGGCUGCUUGAGAGGGCUGAGGAACCCAGCGAAGCGGUUGUUCGGGAACGCGAUUUAGCCGCAUUGCCGGUUGUUGAAGACACACCUGCUAUUUCUGUCGCACAGCAGCAGCAAGCUGACCAAAUGAGGGUCUAUUGGAAGUUCAUUGAGGGCAUGCUUACGAACCUUGAAAAGUUGCCUCUAGAUCGUAUCCAAUCAAUGUUAAAGUUUGCGCCAGGGUAUGACCGUUCGAUCGAGCAGCUGGGUGACUUCAUGGAGGCUGCUAGACGAGAAGGCCUAGUUGUCGUUCGUGAUGGGAUCUGGAAAUUGAACAAAUAA